AUGUACAUGUCCUUCAAGUGUCUCUACCCUGCUGAUCCCGCACACGUGGAUGACUGUCUACAGUGUCUCUACCUUGCUGAUCCCGCACACGUGGAUGACUGUCUACAGUGUCGCUACCCUGCUGAUCCCGCACACGUGGAUGACUGUCUACAGUGUCGCUACCCUGCUGAUCCCGUAAACGUGGAUGACUGUCUACAGUGUCUCUACCCUGCUGACCCCACUCACGUGGAUGACUGUCUACAGUGUCGCUACCCUGCUGAUCCCGUCAACGUGGAUGACUGUCUACAGUGUCUCUACCCUGCUGACCCCACUCACGUGGAUGACUGUCUACAGUGUCUCUACCCUGCUGGUCCCGCAAACGUCGAUGACUGUCUACAGUGUCUCUACCCUGCUGGUCCCACUCACGUGGAUGACUGUCUACAGUGUCUCUACCCUGCUGACCCCACUCACGUGGAUGACUGUCUACAAUGUCUCUACCAUGCUGGUCCCGCAAACGUCGAUGACUGUCUACAGUGUCUCUACCCUGCUGGUCCCACUCACGUUGAUGACUGUCUACAGUGUCUCUACCAUGCUGGUCCCGCAAGCGUGGAUGACUGUCUACAGUGUCUCUACCCUGCUGAUCCCGCACACGUGGAUGACUGUCUACAGUGUCUCUACCCGGCUGAUCCCGCACACGUGGAUGACUGUCUACAGUGUCUCUACCCUGCUGAUAUCGCACACGUGGAUGACUGUCUACAGUGUCUCUACCCGGCUGAUCCCGCACACGUGGAUGACUGUCUACAGUGUCUCUACCCUGCUGACCCCACUCACGUGGAUGACUGUCUACAGUGUCUCUACCAUGCUGGUCCCGCAAACGUCGAUGACUGUCUACAGUGUCUCUACCCUGCUGGUCCCACUCACGUGGAUGACUGUCUACAGUGUCCAUACCCUGCUGAUCCCGCAAACGUGGAUGACUGUCUACAGUGUCUCUACCAUGCUUGUCCCGCAAACGUCGAUGACUGUCUACAGUGUCUCUACCAUGCUGAUCCCGCACACGUGGAUGACUGUCUACAGUGUCUCUACCAUGCUGGUCCCGCAAGCGUGGAUGACUGUCUACAGUGUCUCUACCCUGCUGAUCCCGCACACGUGGAUGACUGUCUACAGUGUCUCUACCCUGCUGAUCCCGCACACGUGGAUGACUGUCUACAGUGUCGCUACCCUGCUGAUCCAGUCUACGUGGAUGACUGUCUACAGUGUCUCUACCUUGCUGACCCCACUCACAUGGAUGACUGUCUACAGUGUCUCUACCCUGCUGAUCCCGCAAACUGUCUCUACCCUGCUGACCCCACUCACGUGGAUGACUGUCUACAGUGUCUCUACCCUGCUGGUCCCGCACACGUCGAUGAUUGUCUACAGUGUCUCUACCCUGCUGGUCCCACUCACGUGGAUGACUGUCUACAGUGUCUCUACCCUGCUGGCCUCACUCACGUGGAUGACUGUCUACAGUGUCUCUUCCCUGCUGGUCAUACCCACGUGGAUGACUGUCUACAGUGUCUCUACCCUGCUGAUAUCGCACACGUGGAUGACUGUCUACAAUGUCUCUACCCUGCUGAUCACACCAACGUCGAUGACUGUCUACAGUGUCUCUACCCUGCUGGUCCCGCAAACGUGGAUGACUGUCUACAGUGUCAAUACCCUGCUGAUCCAGCUCACGUGGAUGACUGUCUACAGUGUCUCUACCCUGCUGAUCCCACUCACGUGGAUGACUGUCUACAGUGUCUCUACCCUGCUGGUCACACCCACGUCGAUGACUGUCUACAGUGUCUCUACCCUGCUGACCCCACUCACGUGGAUGACUUUCUACAGUGUUUCUACCCUGCUGAUCCCAUUCACGUGGAUGACUGUCUACAAUGUCUCUACCCUGCUGAUCCCGCUCACUGUCUCUACCCUGCUGAUCCCGCAAACGUGGAUGACUGUCUACAGUGUCUCUACCCUGCUGGUCACACCCACGUCGAUGACUGUCUACAGUGUCUCUACCCUGCUGACCCCACUCACGUGGAUGACUGUCUACAGUGUCUCUACCCUGCUGAUCCCACUCACGUGGAUGACUGUCUACAGUGUCAAUACCCUGCUGAUCCCACUCACGUGGAUGACUGUCUACAAUGUCUCUACCCUGCUGAUCCCGCUCACGUGGAUGACUGUCUACAAUGUCUCUACCCUGCUGGUCCCUCUCACGUGGAUGACUGUCUACAGUGUCUCUACCCUGCUGGUCCCACUCACGUGGAUGACUGUCUACAGUGUCAAUACCCUGCUGAUCCCGCUCACGUGGAUGACUGUCUACAGUGUCUCUACCCUGCUGACCCCACUCACGUGGAUGACUGUCUACAGUGUCUCUACCCUGCUGGUCCCACUCACGUGGAUGACUUUCUACAGUGUCUCUACCCUGCUGGUCCCACUCACGUGGAUGACUUUCUACAGUGUCUCUACCCUGCUGAUCCCGCACACGUGGAUGGCUGUCUACAGUGUCUCUACCCUGCUGAUCCAGCUUACGUGGAUGACUAUCAACAUUGUCUCUACCCUGCUGAACCCGCACACGUGGAUGGCUGGAGAAAUGAGAUUCAGAGUGAAAUAUUAGAUGGUAUUCGGGGUUCAGGGCUGAGGAAAUGA